AGCGGCAGCAGCGCCAAGCCGGAGGAAGAGGCUGAGCCGCCCGCUGCCGGCGCUUCUUUCCUUCUCCUGCUCCCCCCGGGAAGCGGUUCGCUCUCUGCCGCACUCGCUGUGUCUUGUUUUUGUUUUUUCGCCCCCCCUUUCCCUUCCCUCCCCUCCUUUUUUUUUCUUCCUCUCCUUUUUUGUGGGGGCGCUUCUGCUUUGCAUUUCCCCUUCUGCCUCCUUCUCCCCUUCCCUAAGCUUGCAAGGCGCUUUUCUCUGCCCUGGGGGGAGCAGCAGCGGCAGCAGCAGGAACCACAACAAUAGGGCCAGGUCCUCCCCCUUAACUCUCUCCUUGAACAGAGGGACGGAUCCCCCCCUCCGCCCCCCGGUUCCUUUCUUCCCUCCUCGCGCAACACACGACCAAGAGCUCUCCAAACCUCCCACCAUGGAGACAUGAACGAUUCUGCUGGCGGCAGCAGCAGCAAUCGCGGUCGCCGCUUCUUCCCGGCCUAACAUGGAACAAGCAGGAAACUAAACAAAGAACCACCAAGCAAGCAUCUUUCCCGGUCGGAGCCACAAUCAUGGUGUUUUAAUGGCCCGAAUGCUGGCCAAUUGCAGCGGUGAUUUCUACAGCUUUGAAGGGGAGGUAGCUGUAACCAGUUGGGCGGCAGGCAGACUCGAGGGGUACCAUGAAGUUUUCGGGACCCCUGGAGAGCCAGAGGCUGUCUCUCCUCCUGGAGAUGGCCAUCUCUAGGGAAGCUCAGAUGUGGAAAGUGCAUGUGCCCAAAAUUCAGCCCAAUCAGGAUAUAGGCAUUUCUCCAACCCAGCGGGAUGAAGUGAUUCAGUGGCUGGCCAAACUGAAGUGCCAGUUCCACCUUUAUCCAGAAACGCUGGCCCUGGCUGUCAGUCUCUUGGACAGGUUUUUAGCUGCAGUGAAGGCCCGUCCAAAGUACUUGAACUGUAUUGCGAUCAGCUGCUUCUUUCUCGCUGCCAAGACCAUUGAGGAAGAUGAGAAGAUUCCAGUGCUGAAGGUGUUGGCCAGAGACAGCUUUUGCGGCUGUUCUCCAGCUGAAAUUCGCAGAAUGGAGAAGAUCAUUCUCGACAAAUUGAACUGGGACCUUCACACCGCCACACCACUGGAUUUUCUUCACAUUUUCCAUGCGGUCGCCUUGUCAACCAGGCCUCAGCUGCUGACCACCUUACCCAAGGUGAACCCAUCCCAGCACGUGGCUCUGCUCACCAAGCAGCUGCUGCACUGCCUGGCCUGCUACCAGCUCCUUCAGUUCAAGGGUUCCAUGCUGGCCUUGGCCAUCGUCAGCCUGGAAGUGGAGAAACUUAUCCCUGAUUGGCUCGCCCUCAUCAUCGAACUGCUCCAGAAGGCACAGAUGGACAGCUCCCAGCUGAUCCACUGCCGGGAGCUCGUGGCACAGCACCUUUCCCCUCUGCAGCCUCCCCUGCUGCCCAACUCCGUCUACGUCUACAGCCCCCUCAAGCACAACCUGGUGACCUGCCACGCGGGAGCCUUCCCAUUCCGCCCCUCCUCCGUCCCGGGCCCGGAUUCCAAGGCCAGGAGCAAACCAGAAGUGCCAACCCAAGGCUCCGUGGGGCUCUACCAGCGCCGGCCGGCGCCCAGCCGGUGCAAACAAGCCACGGCCAAGCGCAAAGUGGAAGAGAUGGAGGUGGACGACUUCUACGACGGGAUCAAGCGGCUCUAUAACGAGGAGAACGCUCCGGAGGGGGCGGCCCCGGAAAGCAAGGCCGCCUCCGCCUGCAGCGCGGACGUCGCGCGGCAAGAAGGGAGCGUCUCCCCUUGCCCUCCGCUGCGGCCCGUUUCCGUCAUGUAGUCGGGGGUCUGCACGGCACCUGCGGAGCAGAAGUGGCGACAUCGCGCAUGCGCGUCACCGGGCAACCCUUGGCCUUUCGGGCCAGCAGAUUGAAGGCUGUACCUUACAGGGUUAAGUGGAAGGGAGCUCAGUUAUCCUUUUAAAAGAGUCCCUGCCCUCUCCCCGCCUUUACUUGUGCGGCUAAUUAUAGUUCAGCUAUGAUUUUUAAAUACUUAAAAACCAAAAAAAGUAUAAAAAAAACCUCUUAAAAAAAAAAAGACCCCAAAACCAAACAAAAAAAAAGUAGCAAAAAAUUGUUUUUUCUAGUGUUGUCCGCUCCACUCUUUCAAUCUGUUGUUGUUGUAUUGUCACCCCCCCCCCAGUCCAUCAUAUUGGAGAGUUCACACUAAGUGUGCAAAGCCCUUUCCAAAUUUCUAGCUUCAUCACCUCUUCUUCUUCUGAGUUUCCUUCAGUCGGAGAACUCUCUUUAACCGAUCGUUCCUUUUUUUCUUUUUCUUUUUUAGCUUUCUGGACGUCUAGUGCAUGACUUCCUGUAUUGUUGCACUUUUAAUUGAGUAGCGUUCCCUUCAUUUCCUUUCUCUGCAAAGAAAACGGGAACUCCCCCCCCCCCUCCUCUUGUUUUCUGUCAUUUAGCACUUUGGUGUUUUAAAUGUGAUAUCUAAAACUAGAUCUGCAUUUAAAAUGAGCAAGUUUAAAAAAGAAGAAGAAAAAAACAAAAGGAUGCUUGUGACUCUCGCAUCCAAAAACAGAACCGUGCCGUUGGACACCUGAAAACGUAUUAGAGCAGCCUUCCUCAACCUGGGGCGCUUCAGAUGUGUUAGACUACAUCUCCCAGAAUGCCCCAGCCAGGCUGGGGCAUUCUGGGAGUUGUAGUCCAACACAUCUGGAGCGCCCCAGGUUAGGAAGGCUGUAUUAGAGAGUGUUUGCAUUUCGUUUUGGACAGUUAAUCUGCAGGGGAAAGAAUGAGCAUUUUUAAUUUUAUAGAAAAGUGGAAAGCAAUCUUUGUGACUGCCGUUAAGACUGACGAAACCAAAUGAUAACACUUUUGUUUAAUGUGAUUUUACACGCACAUAAGCUUUAAUGAACAUAUGCAUCAAAUGCAAGAUGUAAUUAAACAAAAACUUAGCUGAUGGUGACAGUGCUGGUGUGUGUGUGCUAGGGCAGCUUUAUAAUCCUGAGUUUUCAUUUUGUGUACAUGCUCGGCACGGAUUUCUCCCCCUAUUCUCCUUCUGCCCCCUCCCCUCUACUCCUUCAACUUUUACGUUCAUGUAACUUUUUAACAUGAAGCAGGGGCAAAAAAAAAAGGCCUUUGAAGAUCUUGUACUUCACUGUUUAAAGCUCGGCUUCUUAAAAUAAUCUCUCCUUGAUUUUAAAGCUCCCUUCACGACCCUUUGGAAGGUAUUGCAUUCAGUGGUCAUCCUGAGGAAAGCCUUCUGGUAGCAAUAAAAACAAAACAUGUUGUCCUUUA